CGACAACAAGCCGCUUCCCCUCGCCUCCGAGCAGAGGGCGGUCCGUCAUGAGGACCCUGCUAGCGUUAGCUAAUACUCUGCAGUUUACUGCGAGGGCUGCCCGGCGAGGAGCACGCCAUGGUGUAGUCUGCUUGUUUCCCGCCACGGCGCGUUGCUACUCACCCCCGGUGACCGGUGGCGACUUUUCCUGCGAGACCGGGACGGUCUUUUGUCCGGACUCAUGUUAGACUUCCACAGCGGGCUCGAAUGGGAUUUACCCAGCUAGCCGCAGCUAAUGCUAGCUUCGCGGCCAACCGGUUCGCACUAGCUCUCUGACACAAGCGGGUCGACAUCGCAAACCCCAUAAUUAGCAGGUGGACUAACUGGAGCAACCAUGCCUCCCAGACCAUCCUCGGGAGAACUAUGGGGGAUGCACUUGAUGCCCCCCAGCAUCAAAGUGGACUGCCUCCUUCCAAACGGCAUGAUUCUCACGAUGGAGUGCCUCCGAGAGGCCACGCUGAUCACAGUGAAGCACGAGCUUUUCAAAGAAGCCAGGAAGUAUCCUCUUUACCAUCUACUGCAAGAGGAGAGCUCCUACAUCUUCGUCAGUGUCACCCAAGAAGCAGAACGGGAGGAGUUUUAUGACGAAACCAGACGGUUAUGUGACCUCAGGCUCUUCCAAGCUUUCCUCAAAGUCAUCGAGCCUGUAGGCAACAGAGAAGAAAAGAUUCUCAAUCGAGAAAUUGGUUUUGCGAUUGGAAUGCCUAUAUGUGAGUUUGAUUUGGUCAAAGAUCCAGAAGUGCAGGACUUCAGAAGGAACAUUUUGAAUGUUUGCAAAGACGCCGUGGACCUUAGAGACUGCAAUGGACACCACAGUAGAGCCUUGUACGUUUAUCCCCCCAAUGUGGAAUCCUCAGUUGAGCUGCCCAGACACAUCAAUAACAAACUAGAUAAAGGUCAAAUAAUUGUGGUCAUAUGGGUGAUUGUAUCGCCCAGCAAUGACAAGCAGAAGUAUACUCUGAAGAUCAACCACGAUUACGUGCCAGAGCAGGUGAUCGCCGAGGCCAUCCGUAAGAAGACGCGCAGCAUGUUGCUCUCCCAGGAGCAGUUAAAGAUGUGUGUGCAGGAGUAUCAAGGAAAGUACAUCCUCAAAGUGUGUGGCUGUGACGAAUACUUACUGGAGAAAUACCCUCUGAGUCAGUAUAAGUAUGUUCGCAGUUGCAUUAUGUUGGGGCGAAUGCCCAACUUGAUGCUGAUGGCGAAAGACAGCUUGUACUCCCAACUGCCGAGUGACAAUUUCACCAUGCCGUCGUAUGCAAGGAGAAUAUCAACAGCGACGCCCUACAUGAAUGGGGAAACAGCCACCAAGUCUUUAUGGACUAUCAACGGAAAACUGAGGAUCAGAGUGCUCUGUGCCACUUACGUCAAUGUCAAUAUCAGAGACAUAGACAAGAUCUAUGUGAGGACUGGGAUAUACCACGGUGGAGAGCAGUUGUGUGACAAUGUCAACACCCAGCGCGUGCCUUGUUCGAAUCCCAGGUGGAAUGAGUGGCUCAACUACGACAUGUUCAUUCCAGACAUCCCCCGUGCUGCCCGCCUCUGCCUCUCCAUCUGCUCUGUCAAAGGAAGGAAGGGAGCAAAAGAGGAGCAUUGCCCCCUGGCGUGGGGCAACAUCAACCUGUUUGACUACACUCACACAUUAGUAGCAGGGAAAAUGGCACUUAACCUAUGGCCUGUCCCACAUGGCCUGGAAGACCUACUUAACCCCAUCGGCGUCACUGGUUCGAACCCCAACAAGGAAACCCCUUGCCUGGAGUUGGAGUUUGACCAUUUCAGCUCUCCAGUCAAAUUCCCAGAUAUGACCGUUAUUGAGGACCAUGCAAACUGGAAUAUAUCCAGAGAGCUUGGCUUUAAUUACUCACACACAAGUUUGAGCAACAGAGUGGCCCGAGACAACCCUUUCACAGACAGCGACAGUGAGCAGCUUCGUUUAGUGUGUAACCGAGACCCUUUGUCUGAGAUCACUGAGCAGGAGAAAGACUUUGUAUGGAGGCACAGACAUUAUUGUGUCAACAUGCCCGACAUCCUUCCCAAGAUACUCCUCGCUGUGAAAUGGAACUCCAGAGAUGAGGUUGCACAGAUGUAUUGCCUUCUGAAGGACUGGCCAGCCAUCAAGCCAGAACAAGCCAUGGAGUUGCUGGACUGCAACUUUCCCGAUCCUAUGAUCAGAGAUUUUGCCGUAAAGUGCCUUGAGACAUAUUUAACUGAUGACAAGCUGUCACAGUACCUCAUUCAACUGGUUCAGGUUCUGAAGUAUGAGCAGUACCUUGAUAAUCCCCUCGCCCGCUUCCUGCUGAAAAAAGCAUUAACCAAUCAAAGGAUAGGACAUUUCUUCUUCUGGCAUUUAAAGUCAGAGAUGCACAACAAGACAGUUAGCCAAAGGUUCGGCCUCCUGCUGGAGUCAUACUGCCGGGCCUGCGGCAUGUAUCUGAAGCACCUGAGCCGGCAGGUGGAAGCCAUGGAAAAACUCAUCAAUCUCACUGACCUCCUGAAACAGGAAAAGAAGGAUGAGGCGCAGAAGGUAAUCUGACUGCCAACAGCUGCU